AUGACCUCCCUUCAUAAAUAUCUCAUCCAUUCCGCCGCGAAAUCAAUAAUCAGGACUGGCGCUUACGGCCAACAAGGCGGCGCCGCGAACGACUACUACGCGCAACAGCAGCAGCAGCAGCAGCAGCAGCAGCCGUAUGGAGGUUAUCCCCAGCAGGACUACAAUUAUGGUGCCCAGCAGCAGAUGGGCGGCGGCUAUUAUCAGCCUCAAGGUCAGCCCAUGUACUAUCCGCAGCAGCCGGGAUAUCCACCACAACAGGGAUACCCGCCACAACAGGGAUACUACGCCGAUGGGAACCGCGGGAACUCCGGUGCUGGUGGUAUUUGCGCGGGCAUCAUGGCUGCCCUGGCUUGUUGCUGCUGCUUGGAUAUCUUAUUCUAG